ACGAUCUUAUUAGUAAUCCAAAUCCAUCAAAUGAUGAUGAGAUGAAGAUAUUGAAUAAUUGGUCAAUAAAUAUUCCCAAGCAGUUAUGUCAAAAUUAUGAUUCAGCCUAUUCUUUAUGUAUGACAGCAAUUUCAAAAUUAUCAAAACUUUCUUCAGAAUAUCCCUCAACAAAAGUGAUACAGAUUAAAAUAUGGUGCCUUUACAUAAGUCUGAUAGCUGCCUUGUUGGCAGAAAAUCCUCCAAUAAAUACUAAAAAACAUGAAAUCAAGAGACUUAUUGAACGAACACCUGAAAAAGUAUGUGAAGAAGUUUAUACCACAAUCGUUACUAAAGGAUAUAAUAACGAAGAUGGGGAAAUUCCUGGAGAAAUCAUUCUCGCCUG